CACUCAAGAAAGUUCGCAGAAAGAGAGAGAAACAUACGAGUUACGACCAGUAAACAUUGACGAUCAUAAAGCUUCAAUCUUUGAACCAAAAAGGUUGAGUCUUUUUGUAUUGCAAUCAGAGAAACUCACCUAAAUCCAAAUGGGUCUUGAUUCUCAUGAAGCAAUCAAUCAGUUCAAGAAAUUAAUGGACCAAGUUGAAGAGCCUCUUAAAAGAACAUUCAAGAAUGUUCAUCAGGGACAUGUAAUUGAAACUUUGGAGCGGUUUCUAAAAGCAAGAGAAGGGAAUGUUUCCAAAGCGUACAAAAUGUUGGUAGAUAGCUUGCAGUGGAGGCUGCAAAAUGAGAUAGAUGACAUACUAGCUAAACCCAUAAUUCCUGCUAAUUUCUACCGAGGAGUUCGUGAUUCGCAGCUGAUCGGAUUAUCCGGUUACACAAAAGAGGGCCUUCCGGUUUUUGCUAUCGGUGCAGGCCUCAGCACGUUUGACAAAGCAUCCGUCCACUAUUAUGUGCAGUCGCACAUUCAAAUCAAUGAAUAUCGUGAUCGUGUGAUUCUGCCGGAAGCAACUAAAAGGCAUGGAAAAUAUAUUGGCAAGUGCGUGAAGGUUUUAGAUAUGAACGGCCUUAAGCUUUCUGCAUUGAACCAGUUAAAGCUGCUGCAAACAAUCUCGACUGUUGAUGAUCUCAACUACCCGGAGAAGACAAUCACAUACUAUAUAGUUAACGUUCCAUACAUAUUUUCUGCUUGUUGGAAGGUUGUGAAACCACUGUUGCAGGAGCGAACAAAGUUAAAAAUACGCGUGUUGCAAGGUAGCGGUCGUGACGAGCUGUUGAAGAUUAUGGAGUACUCUUCUCUGCCUCAUUUUUGCCGAAGAGACGAGUCAGGGUCAGGGUCAGGGUCAGGGUCAGUGUUACGGUCAUGGUCAGGAUCAUGGUCAUGGUCCGGCUCAGGGUCAGGAUCAGGAUCAGGGUCGGUGUCAUCUACAAGUUCCGACGAUGAUUGCUUCUCGUUGGACCAUCCAUUUCAUCAAGAACUUUACAGCUACAUGAAGCAGCAAUCAGCGGUUCAUGAACCAUUAGAACCAGCAAAGCAAGGUUCGGUUCAUGUGGAAGUGCCAUUGGACAACCACGAAAAUGCUGACUUGCACAGAACAUUGGAAUCCGAGCUGAAUAAGCUUCGGAUCCAAAGUACACGCUCUGGGUCUUUAGAAAAAGUCAACGCCAGUGAUUAAGCAAGGAUCUCGAGUUCUUAAAAUAUAACUAUGAAGAUCUGUAAUAACUAUGAAGAUCUGUAAUUACUGAUUAGUCAUUUGAAGCUCAAAUUAUUUGGAUGCAUUUGUUGUAUACCUAUAUGCAUCAUGUAUCAUCUAUGCUCCCGUUAGAGCGAAAAUGUGAUCACUUGGAACAUUGUACCAGGCUUUUGCGUGGGUAUCGGCUUUGGUUAUGGACAUACUAAUCGAUUCUUGCUAAUAUAAAUCAAGUCCAACGUCUGUUUUUCAA